UUGUAUCAUUCAUGCCUCCGCAGCCAACCGCAGCCUAUUUAUCUCAGAAAGAAAGCUGGACGGCGUCGACCGAAUUUGGUCACCUGUUCAAGGUCGUUUUGCUGUUGUCGAUAGUUACUACGGCCGUUCGAUCCUUAGUCGUCAUCGUCUCACGAAGAAAGAGAAGGAUGUCAGACUCAAGUUCGAGUCAAGAGAAGAAUUCGCUUCCGACUCCGCCAGCUUUGGAGAAAGAACCAAACCAAUACCUACAAUCACUGAAAAAAGAAACACUCCAACCUGACCUGGCGCCAGUAUAUCCAUGGACUGCCCUUCCUCAUGCUUUACCUGGGCCUUACGAUGCUCCAUAUUAUCCACUGCCUCCGCCAACUAUCCGCAGACAUUCCCAUGAUCCAUCUGCCGCAGAAUCCGAGCAAACAUCGAGAACAAUCCCAUACACUCGUCGUGUGUCUACGAAUAGCAUCUUGAAUCAUGAAGUCGUUCUUGAGGGUUCGAGUACUGUUUCAUCUCAAGGCUGGCGACGCACUCAGUGGACAGUUUCUGCAGGUUGAGCCAUUGAAGUGACAUCGCCACUCAAAGACCAAACAGCCCAAGCCGCGUCAAUGUGCAGCCCUCGCAAACCUCGCGGAACAUGCCAGACUAGGAGGUUGGCCACGUGACGAUGGAAAUUUCAACCACAAGACUGUAGGCAUGAUAGGUCUCGGCGCUUCUGAAGUGAAGGAUUUGUGUGUUUCAGAGAAGGAGGCUCAAGGGAAAAUAGCUCAAGGCUUGCAUUGUGGCUGCGCUGUGAGUCAGCUGGGAUGGUGGAGUAAAGUGGGGUGGAGAGGCGGUCUACUACUUUUCGAUCUCAAGUUCUGCAACAGCAUUCGAUAGUGUGCGCCUUUUUCGCUUUAGUAUGGGUCUGAAUAUUUGUGAUUAUGGGAGUGAAGGAUUUGGAGGGAAUUAGUAGGAGGGUGAGUCUCCUUCCCGUAGCAAAUGCAGAGUACCUCUGUUCCUGCGAGGCGUUCAUCAGCAC